AUGCUGCAGUGGUCUGAUAUCGGCGGCUGCAACAAAUGAAAAGCUUCUUGAGAAGAAAAGAACGUGUGCAAAAUUUCAGAUCAAUAUCACGAAAACUGAAGGACUAAUUCUGUUAUAUACAGACGGUCAUGACUAAAUCGACUGAGCUCGCCAUGCUGACAUUUUAGAGUUAUUGUAGAUAUAAGGAAAGAAAACCGCCAUACUUGAGGUCCUUUGUACCCUGAUCAGGGUAUAACAAGAUAUAUGGUAUGAACAAAAUAUAGUAUAUUAAGUAUUAAAAAUCUAACAAAGAAGUAGAAUUACAAACGAAAUAACGAUGAUAAUAACAAAAAAUUAAAACAGUGUGCAAAAAGCAGCAUAACGUACCAAAUUUCAAAUAUAUUGAAAACCACAAUUUAGUUUAGUGUAAAUUAGUGUAAAUACGUACGUAUGAGUACUUUUAUGUAUAUCCCUCAAAUUUCUUACAGAGAAGUAAUACCACAAAAGAAGUAUAUGCAAGAUACUUGAAAAUCAGCGAACAGUGACAGUGCGUACACAUCGUUGCAAUAACAUUUGCUGCAGCAGGAAAAUAAUUUCAGACGUUAAAAUACAAACAAACAAUAUUAAAUUUAUAUUGAAAAAUAUUAGUGAAAAAGUGUAUGUCGAAGUAAACAAAGAAUAAAUCAAGCUCUAGAUGAGGCAGGUUUAUGCUAUAAAUAAAAAACAACCGGAUACUCUGAAGAAAAUACGACAAUGUUAGGCUUGUGGGGCCAUCAACUUCAGCUUAUGACCCAUCAAUCCAAUUCGCAACUAAUGAACUUCGUUCUCUUGGAAGACGCUAAAUGAGUUGCCAAUAGUAAAAUAUUAACGAACGGUAAGUGCGACCAUAAAUAAGAUACCGUUAAUAGUAGCAACCAAAUAAAAGGAGCUCCUUGAAAAUGAUUACGUGAGAAACUGCACAUAUUAACGAAUUAAAUGGACAGCAAUUGCUGGCGCAAUAAAAGCAAAGCGAAUAGAAAGCGAAAAAAGCAACUAAAGCCGCCAACAAAUGCUAUGAACACCGCCGGAAGUUGGUGGUAACGGCAUACGUAGCACUUGCAAAUAAAAAGUGUGCCACCUAAGACAAAUGAAAAAACAGUUAUAUACGACAUUCUCGCUUAUAUCGACGCUUAGACAACUUAGCUGCAGCUGAGCGCAAAAUGUCGCUGACCAACUGUGGGUUUACCAAGAGUUGUUGUUGUGCGUGAGUGUAAAAUCGAAACGAAUGUGUAAGCUGAGGAAAAAUGCGUUUGCAGGGCAAUAAACGCCAAAAACUAAAACAACAGCAACAACAACGAUGCAGCAAUAAAAGUAAACACAACGAAAGCAACUUCGACGCAGCGAUAAAUCGCCAGCAACGAGGUAAUAAAAACAGCCAGCAAAGAGAACAACCACAGCAAGUCAAGCAAUUCGUUGAACGCCAUCCAAGUAUUGAAAGUGCGAGCAAAGGAAGAGUGCGCCUUGCGGCAGAAGCAGCUGAAACUAAAAUAAAAGAAAUUACUUUGGCGGAGAGUAGACUCACCGAGAAGCGCACAGCAAACCAAAUUUCUGCAGCGCAGAGUCGUCUUCGCACUGCUGCGGCGCCACCACACUUUCCACAGUCGUUGCUGUACACCGUUCCUCGAUUCCUCAUAAUCUUCGUGCUUUGCUGUACGAUGCCGCCGCAAGCGCAUGGCGACUGGUUGAUGGACUGUGGCGAUUGUUUGUGUAAAUGGCAGUCGGGCAAGAAGACCGCCGAUUGUAAGAAUCUCACGCUGAACGCCGUGCCGGAGAACCUGAGCAAUGAGGUGCAAGUGCUGGAUCUCUCCUUCAAUCGCGUUGCCAUACUAGAACAGAACGCCUUCCUCAACGCGGACUUGCAUAAUCUACACAAACUCUUCAUGCGUAACGCAUCGCUGCAACAGAUCGACCCGCGCACGUUUACCCAACUCGAGAUCUUGAUCGAAGUGGACCUCUCCAAUAAUUUAUUGCGUAAUCUGCAAGCGAACGUCUUUGCGCGGCUGGUGAAAGUGCGCGCAAUUGUGCUGAAUGGUAAUCUUUUGGAGACGCUCUCCGAUGGUGUCUUCCAGAACCUCAAGUACCUGCAUAAGGUCGAGCUGAAACACAAUCGGCUGAUGCGUAUUGGACAGCAGGCGUUCAGCAAUGUACCGCUGCUGUCGCAGAUCUACUUGGAUGGCAACCGUCUGAGCUUUCUGCGUAAGGAGUCUUUCGAGUCGCUCAAACGACUGACAGCGCUAUCACUCGAUUCGAAUCCGUGGAACUGCACCUGUGAACUGCAAAUAUUCCGUGACUUUGUGCUGAAACGCAAUCUCUACACACCGCCGACGGCCUGUUAUUACCCCAUACACCUGCGUGGCAUGUUGUGGGUCGAAGAUCAGCCCGAGGCUUUUGCGUGUAAGCCACGCAUCAUAUUUCCGGCACGCGGUGCUUCCAUCAGCACGUCGAAGGAGAAUGUAACGCUGGUGUGUCGCGUGCAUGCGUCGCCGAACACACACAUAACCUGGGACUACAACCGCCAACAAUAUCGUUCGUCCACCAGUAAUAUUGGCGGCAGCGGCGUUAACGCAGUCACCACCAACAGCGGCGCUAGCUGUUGCGCCAACGGCCAGGCGCGGCGUUUGCAUAUAGAACUGCUGCGCGAUGAGCAAUCGAAGGAGAAAGAGUUCGGACGUGAUGUGUUCAUAUCGCGUCUUACCAUUGUGGCUGCUGAGAAGAGUGAUGAAGGUACGUAUACGUGCGCUGCGGAGAAUGCCGGUGGCAAGGAUGCAGUGCAAAUUAAUCUGCUGGUGCAACGGCCGAGUCCGCGCGAGCUGCUGUUGCAAGGCAAUUUAGUCGUUGUCGUUUCAUUGAUGGCGCUGGGCCUGCUCGGCGUAUCCGUAUUUCUCGCGCUCGUCACUUUCUGUAUUUAUAAGCGUUUUAAGGCAAUGAGUCCCACAAGUCAUCGGCAUCAUCAUCAUCAUCUCGAUGGCGCAGACCAAUUGACGCCCGGCAUGGAUGGCCAGCAUACGACGACGACUACGGUGACCGGUGGCACUGAUGUGGUGCUCGGCAUGGAUGAUACAGUGGGCAGUUAUAAACAUCAUUUGCAGAAGAAGAAUGCGAAUGGUGAUGUAAUUGAGGGUAAAGGUGGUGGUGGCGGCGGCGUAGGUAGUGGCAAAUACUCGGAGGUGAUAAAACAUGGCGUGACUGUGAUGGAUAAUGGCGGUAUGCUGUCCGGCGUCGGCGGCCGUAAUGUUGGAGUGGAUGGCAGUGGGGCGCACAGAAGUGGCCCACAUGCGGACAAAAUGUACUUGGAGCGAAGCAGUGACGAUACGCUCCACAUCAAGUACCCGCAUGGACCGUCCGCAGCGGAUAUAAAUCGUCUUCUCAAUGCGACAUCAACAACAACACUGGACAUGACGGUUGGCGGCAAAGGUGCGCACGCCGGUGUCGGUGGUGGCAAGUGGCGCACCGAAGUACAGAUCACUGAAGGUCAGUUGGGCGGCGGUGGGCGCGCCGGCGAAUACCAACCCGACCUGCUUCCCGCAUACAGCACCCACAAAGCCGUCAACAAUAGUUGUAGUAACAGUAACAUUAACGGUCAUGCCAACAGUGCGGUCAGCAAUCAGCAGCAAGGACAGCUUUAUAGUCCGAUAAAAGCAACGAGGACAAUAAAUCUGCACGAUGACCAGCAAAUGUCACAGCAGCAACACCAACAACAACAACAACAACCCAUUGUGGCCAAGAGUAAAUAUAAUAUCAAUGCGCAAGAGUAUCUGCAGUCCAGGUAUGGUGCCGCCAGCAAGCCUCACGAGAAGACAUUGCGCCGCGGUGACGUGAUUGCGGUGGCGACGACUAGCAUCGCCCUCACCACGACCGGUUCAAUGCCAACGACGACUGUUAGCGCGUCCAGUGGCGUGGCGCCGCAAGCGGAAAGUGGCUUCUCGACGCUACAACGACACAGUAAAUCAGUUGCGCUGCCGCCGCGCACACCCACCGAUACACAUGCUGUGACAGCGGCAGUGUCGAGCAGCAACACCGGUUAUGGCUACGAGUAUCGACAGCCACCGCCGCCACCCUAUAAUUCGGCGCAUCGCACUGCGAGCGGCUUACAGCUACUGCAGCGUCGCACCAGCAUCAACAGCGAUCCGAAUAACGAACAAACGAGCGCGACGAAGGACCUUGGCUAUCGGGAGACAAUAGGCGGCAGUAAUUAUGGUGGCGUGGGCGGUGUUGGUAUGGGCGAUGGCGCACGCCAGACCAUUGUGACAGCAUCCUCAUCACUACAAUUCCUCACGACCACUGGCUACGGGAGCAAUGCGGCGCCCCAACGACAACUGCUCUGAUUGUCGACGCAGGCGGGUGUGCUGAGGUAGAAUAUCGGGCGGUUGCUCUAAGCGAUGCGCACCGUUGUGGUGAUUUGUACAGGCGGUUGCGGACUGAAGAAUGACAUGAUCUCUUUACUAAUAAUUUACAACAAAGUGGGAGCUCAGCCAAAAUGGAUUUCUUAGAGAAAGCUGCUGUGAGUUAAUUGGUAAACUCCUUUGUAUGUAAAUAUUGCGACAUUCGUGACGGAAUUACAAAAUAAUUUGAAGGAAAAGUUAAAUUUUUUUUGCUAACAAUUUUUAAAAAAAUUUUACGCUUCUUUUGGUAAGCCAGCUGGUCUUGGUAGUUGACUGCUAUAACUGAAUAUUGUAUUGCGUAUGGCUAUUGAUCUCAGUUUAGUUGAAAAUGCAGAUAUUAGCAAUGAGUUUUUAAAAUCAUGAAAUUCGAGGAAAUUUAAUUUGUACUUAUAUAAAGGUUUAUAUAUUUUCAAUAUACUUAAACUCCAAAACUCGUAGUUUUCUCUAGACAAGUGGUCUUGAGGAGUUACCUGUUUUGACAUUUUUGUAAUCUUAAAGAGCCUGAGUAGGCGACAGAUAAAAAAUGCGAUUUGAAUCGCAACCUAAGAUCGUUUGUGAGCCGAUAGCGAUGCUCAAUAAUGUUUAUUCGGUAUGCAGUUGCCUUGCGGCUGCUAUACUCGCGCUAAUAUCCUUACAGAAUCACAUGUUACUAGUAAGCGUUUCCAAGUAUUUACUUUAUAUAGUUUAAAAAUCUGAGUAUUAUUAACUUAGUUAUACAGUAUUUGUUCUAUGAUAUCUACACUAUAUAAGUUGAUAAUUAUUAUUUCAUAAAUUAAACAUUUCAGUACACUAAGUGUAUUUCAAUAACUUCCAGUCUACUUUGAUAUUUCAGAAUAAGUGAGAAAGUAAUUAAGUUUGGUUAAUUGCUAAUUCGAGUUUUUACUAUACUGAUAUUUUUUCUUACUACUUAUAGUUAAAUUAAGUAUCGCAUAAUGCUAACAAAUAAUAUUUUGAGUAAAUUUAAUAGAGAUUUCAUGGAGUUUUCCAAUAAAGAGAUAUGAUUUCUAAGUAUCGUUUCAACCAUUUUGAAUAUAUCUUCCGUAAUUUUCAUUGUAUUCAGUAAUGUUUACAAUUUCAUUAUAGAAAGAUAUAUGCAAGAACAACGUUCAUAACAACAAAUUCAAAUUUAAAUUUCAAAUUUAUUACGAAAAUCGUUCUCCAAUUGCAACUUUUCGUGCGAUUGAUAACAACCAACUUUUUAAGACCGCAAUGAGAAAAAGUUGAUCCUGACAAGAUUUGGUUACAACAAGAAGGGGCUACGUGCCACAUAGCAUGUGCACCAACCCAAUUAUUACAUGAAAGAUUUGAAGAUUCGAUUAUUUCAAGAAAUUGUGACAUUGAAUGCCCUUUAAGAAGUUGUGAUUUAACACCUUUAGACUACCUCUUAUAGGGUUGAAGUCAUUCGCUCUUGCAAAAGAAAUCGUGACGGCCCUUUAAAUGUUAUAAUCAGAAUUUAAUUGUAUCGAUUGAGGUUCACAUUAUUUGAAAAACAUUUGAAUUUCGUUAAAAAUUUGGGUGUUUUUGUUUUUGGAAAGAAAUCAUAUCACUCUUAUUGGAAAACUCUGUACAUGCUUGUAAGUAAAAAAGCUUCAUGUAAGGCGAAUAUGUCCGUUUCUUUGAGAUAUAUUUGACAAGAAACAAUCUCAAAAACUGAUUCCAAUAUUGGUAGCAUCAGCUCAAGGGCGUCUCAAAAACCAAAAAUAAGUCACUAAUGAGAGUGUAAGUACGAUCUGUCAAAUUUUAUACUAUUCUACUUAUUUUCUACGACUUCAAAGCCACGAAAUGACGUGUGAAGCAUUUUCUGUAACAAUAUGAGAAAAUACUCGGUUUUUGGCAGAGUAGAUACUAAGUGAUCCGGUUCUCAGCAUACGACUUUAUACUUCUCAGAGAGCGGAAUAAGCUUUAGGAAAAUGUCAUGAAUUACGAAGAGUUGCCGUUCAGGUAUGAUGAGGCAAUGUUAGAGACUGGCUUCCCUAAGUGAAAAUGUUUACAGCAUUUUUAUUUGCUUUAUUUUUUUAUUCUUUUUCAUGCCUAAACUUGAACGUAAAAUUUAAGUGCAAACUUCAGCAACAAAUAACCGAAUUCUUUGUAAAUACGAUUGUACUUUUCAUAUAUUAAAAUAUAUCAAAUAAUAUUUGCGCUGUUGUAUGAAAUAUAAUCAGUUGCAGAUUUAGAUAUAUAUAAUUAUUGAAAUAGAGCAAAAUAAAAUAAAAUAGAAAAUGUAUACAGAAAAUAAAACGAAUAUAUAUAGUUGCAUUAGCGUAAAAUUGUGUAAUGUAAAAUUAUUUGAAUUAUUUGUAAGCGCUACUGGUACUGGUAGGGGUGAUUGUAUAAAUAAUAGCAAGUAAUUUUAGACUUAACUAUAUAUACAUAUAUACGUGUACAAUAUGCAUACUUAUGUUAUUAUAUUGCAUUCGAUAGCUAAAAUAUGUGAAAAUUCCAUGCAGAAGCAAGUAUUUCUAAAUAUAGACUCGUUUAUGUAAUAUAUACAAAUUACAGCACUACAUAUUUAUGGGCAAAUGAAAUUAGCGCAGAGAAAAAAGCAAAAGUUUGCUACAAUUGUUUAUGAUUACAAUGCAUAUUUAUUUUAAUUAAUAUUGAAAUAUUUUUCCAACAAUAACAUACGUAUUUGUAUACAAAAAGCAUGUAGUGGCUCCAAGAGCUUCUGCUUUCUAACACCGGGUGAGUUAUAGAAAAUUAAUUUUGGUUUUGUGUGUGGUUAUUUUUUAUUUUUUAUUUCUUUUUUUUGAGAGCAAAAAUAUUUUUACUACACGUGGACUUCAUUUAUGCAACUUCUUCGCUUCUUCGGCUUACCCUCUCUUUAACUGAGUUUUUCAAUCCUCAAUACUCACAUUUUGGAAUCAUAGGUAGUUCACUUUGCAAACAGAAAUUAGUUUUAUUUCAAUGACUCACCCCAAACUAUCUCUGAAAGUCAAAAUUUUAAUUUAAAAAAUAUAUUUUAACUACUUUGAACCCCGCACGUUAGCGACACAACCUACAAUUGAAUGUUGCGAAUUCUAAAUUUGCAAACAGGCACUAGAAGUAAUGCAUUAGCAAUUACUAAUUACUUCAAAAGACUUAACGAACAUUAGAUACUAAUUCUAGGACAAGCAUGUAUAUGAGCAACAAGUGCUUAUGUAAUAUAUGUAUGUAUUAUAUUUAUAACACAUAUUAAUGUACACAUAUGUUAAAGUAAUGUAAUUAUGAAACAUAAUUCUAUAUAUUCGUAACAAAAUUCUAGCAACUAAGUUUUGUAACUAUAGACGGUAAAUUAAAGAAAUUGGAUUUAUUUAGAAACUAUAUGAAAACUCAAACAGAAAUCAAUAAUUAAGACAUAAUUGAGCUAAUUAAAUGAUAAUUUUAUGUUAUAAAUGAAAUUUAGGUGAAACAAAUAAUUGUAAUUAAAUAAAAAAUGGAAGAAACUAUGGCAAGAAAGUGAAAUAAUGCAUUGUCAAAGAUCAAGCAACAUUUUGAUGGAAUGUUGCGAAACCAUUUGGAAUGUGUAAAUGAUGUGCAUUGAAAUUGAUUGUCGAAUAAAUAAUAUAUUUUCCUCGAAUAAUGAA